ACUACAGAUCCCAUGAAGCAUCGCGGCAUCCGGGUAACCCAGCUGUGGGGCGGAGGGAAAAAAACUCAUUUUAUGGAAGGUCCAUUUCUGCUCGUACAUAAGGACGUUUAAUAUAGCCCACACGCUCACGGGGAAAUCAUGCUGCUUCUAAAAGUGGGACAGUCUUCUGCACUUUGUGGUGCCAUUCUGAGGAACACACCCGGUCUGAAAGGGGCUCAAUUUCAGACUGUUGUUGCUGUGAAAAACACACGUCUUUAUGCAAGUCAAGCAGCACAGGCAGUGUUGGAGAAGCCGGCAGCAAUCGGGACUGAUUCUGCCAGUGUUGUGGACAAGAAGACUGCUGCAGCUGAGUCCAAAUCUUUUGCUGUCAACAUUUUCAAAGGGCAGAUUGCCACAUCUCAAGUGUUUCCCUUCCCUUCAGUCUUGAAUGAAGAGCAGGAGCAGUUUCUCCGGGAGCUCGUUGGACCUGUCUGCAAAUUCUUUGAGGAGGUGAAUGAUUCGGCCAAGAAUGACGCAUUGGAGAAAGUGGAGGACCACACCAUGCAGGGCCUGAAAGAGAUGGGCGCCUUUGGCCUGCAGGUGCCGGCUGACCUGGGUGGGCUCGGCCUCACCAACACUCAGUAUGCCCGCCUAGUGGAGAUCGUCGGCACUCACGAUCUUGGUGUUGGCAUCACGCUUGGUGCCCACCAGUCUAUCGGCUUCAAGGGCAUUCUGCUUUUUGGGAACGCAGCACAGAAGGAGAAAUACCUGCCUAAACUUGCAUCCGGUGAGCACAUUGCUGCCUUUUGCCUGACUGAGCCAGCCAGUGGCUCUGACGCUGCCUCCAUCAAAACCACAGCUGUCCAGUCCCCCUGCGGACAGUACUUCACUCUAAAUGGUAGCAAGAUCUGGAUCAGCAAUGGGGGUCUGGCCGAAAUCUUCACAGUUUUUGCCAAGACGCCAAUAAAGGAUCCGAAGACUGGACAGAUGAAGGACAAGAUCACAGCUUUUGUUGUGGAGAAGAGCUUCGGUGGUGUAACACAUGGGCCACCAGAGAAAAAGAUGGGCAUUAAGGCCUCCAACACGGCAGAAGUUUACUUCGACAAUGUUCGUGUGCCGGCCGACUGUGUGCUGGGCGAGAUAGGUGGCGGCUUCAAGGUUGCUAUGAACAUCCUCAACAACGGCCGAUUCGGUAUGGCAGCUGCCCUCUCUGGCACCAUGAAAGGAGCCAUCAACAAAGCGGUGGACCAUGCAACCAACAGAACUCAGUUUGGAAACAAGAUCCACACCUAUGGGACCAUCCAGGAGAAGCUUGCCCGUAUGACCAUGCUGCAAUACGUCACAGAGUCUCUGGCCUACAUGAUCAGUGGCAACAUGGACAGUGGAGCAACUGAGUUCCAGAUCGAAGCUGCCAUCAGCAAGAUCUUUGCCUCUGAAGCAGCUUGGACUGUGACUGACGAGUGUAUUCAGGUCAUGGGCGGCAUGGGCUACAUGAAGGACUCUGGAGUGGAGCGAGUGAUGAGGGAUCUGAGAAUUUUUCGCAUCUUUGAGGGCACCAACGAUAUUCUCAGGCUUUUUGUGGCCCUCAAUGGCUUCCAGAAUGCUGGCAACCAAUUGAAGAGCUUGCAAAAAGCAAUAAAGAACCCACUCGGCAAUGCUGGGCUCCUGGCAGGAGAGCUUACCAAGAGAGCUAAAAGGAAGGCAGGCAUGAGCACGGGCUUGACACUUCAAGGGACCGUCCACCCUGAAUUGGCUCAUAGUGGUGAACUGGCCGUGAAAGCGAUUGAACAAUUUGGCAUGGUCAUUGAGGAGCUUCUUAUCAAACAUGGCAAGAAGAUUAUUGAUGAGCAGUUUGUAUUGCAGAGAGUUGCCGACUGUGCCAUUGACAUCUACACCAUGGUUGUUGUCCUUGCAAGGGCUUCACGCUCACUCAGUCAGGGUCACCCUUCAGCCCAACAUGAGAAGGUUUUGUGCGAGACCUGGUGUGUGGAGGCCCAUGAUAGACUCAUGCGGGACAUCAAGGCGCUGCGUUCCAACCAAUCCAGGCAUCUCUUCAAGAAUUUGCGGGCCAUUUCCACGGCGGUGGUGGAGAACGGCGGAACGGUGGCGCCUCACCCGCUGGGUUUCUAAACACUCUUCUCCGAUUGUGUCUUUUUUUUUUUUUUUUUUUCUUUUCACCCGCCGGAUCUUCGAGCAACAUAUCACGAAACCUGUGGCUGUGGCACCCCGCCAUCAGUAUGAAGGGAUAGUUCGGAUUUUUUGACAUGAAGUUGUAUGACACCUCCAUCAGCAGUGUAGUCAAUCAGCAAUGACUUACCUCCCACUUGGUCCCGUACACAACAAAGAGAAAGUAAAGCAGAGCGAUUUGUGAGGUCUGAUUUUUUUCGAGGACCAACUAACCGGAACUAAUUUUCUCAUCACCAAAAUCCUACAAGAACUGGGCUCACGGGACAAAGUGUGGUGUAAGUCCCUGUUGAUGGACUACACUGCUAAGGGGGAUGUCAUACAACUUAAUGUAAAAAAAUCCAACCUAUCCCUUUAAGCUGGUAAUGACGUUUUUCCUUCAGCGUGUUUAUGGAUGUGUUCAGGCUUGAUUGUUGUAUGUUACUGUUUGAAUACUAGAGAUGAACUUUAAGCCGUAAAAACCACAGAGUUUAGUCAAAAGCCGGUCAAAGAAAAACCGUGAACACCUCAUUUCAUAGAUGUUGGAGAGCAAAUGUCUUCAUGAUAUGAUUCUUUGCAGCCUUCCUGUUUGUGCUGAACAUUGAACCUGUUGAAAGGGAGUGAAGUGUCAUUUUAGAGCAAAUAUAUCCUAGGUGAUUUUUCUUUGUACUGCAUUUAAAAUGUGUUGAAAUACUGGUACGGGAUGUAAAUGUUUUCAGUGCUGCAAUUGCAUGUUGCAUAAUUAUGGAACAUAUGACCACGAAUAGAGGACUACUGUACUGCCUUGGCCAACACCUAAAACCUGUAUUUAACCCCCCAUCCCCAUGACAACAAAAGCAAAUCAGCCAGUCUGAUUUAUUGCAUCAUUUUUAGCAAGGAGGGAUUUUUUUUUUUUCUACUAAAAUUGUUUUGCUGUAACAAAGCAGUUGACAACUCUUAUCAAUAAAGCUGCCUUAGCACAAAUGCG